AUUCGAGCUCCGUUUCCGCUGUCCCUCCAGUGGUAGCUCCCGGCUGUUCAUCGGGCACACGUUCAUCGGGGACACAUCUUGCGAACAAGGACACUUCUGUCGCAAACAGGCUGCCACUGAUGUUUACUCCGUCACGGCCUGCCGACUGCCUGGAGGAGAGCAGUGGGAGCAGAAGCAAAACGCCGACAAUUUUCACGAAGGAAUCAAGCAUCGAGGUUAUUUUAUGGCUUCACUUAUCCCAUCUUUUAGCCCAUCUGGGAACAGUUUUCAAGUAGAUAUAGAAAAAUAGAAAUAUAUGAGGGAAAAGUUACCUUUUUCUCUUUUAUAUCUUCCUCUGGUCUGUCUUUUUUCUAGUUAGGUCGGCUCCACCACAAAAAAAAAAAAAAUAUAUGAGGGAAAAUAUUGAUUGGGGUGAGCUCUAAUUUUUUCGUCGCGCGGGGGAACGGAAUCGCCACUGCCUCACGAUAA